UGCAAUUGGGGGAAUACAAAAACCCUAAAAGAAGAGAGAAGAGAGCUAGGGUUAGGGUUUAAGGUUGCAGUGUGAGAUAAGAGAAGCCAUGUUUCCAGGAAUGUUCAUGCGCAAGCCAGAUAAAGCUGCAGCCCUGAAGCAGCUGAAAUCUCAUGUCGCUAUGUUCGGGGCAUGGGUUGUUGUUAUUCGUGUCACUCCUUACAUUCUUCACUUUCUCAACGGCGAGAAAGAGGAACUCAAGCUCGAGCUUUAGUUUCUCACUCCUCCUUUUCAGUGGGUCUCGAGAGGAGGAGGAUGUUUGCUAGUCAGGAAGAAUUUUUUGGAGUAAUGUUUGUAGGCAAUCCUGAAAAUUGUGAGGCAAUAAUAUGUUGUUAUUACAAUUAAAUUCCCGUUUACAUUUCGAGUAUAAAUUGUAUGGUGAGGAGACGUCCUAAGGCUAUUGGACAACACUUUUUGUUGCAUCUCAUAUUACACUAAUAAGCGUAUGAAGAUUUAUUUAUUUUAAAUUAAUUUUCUGUUCAACAAUGUUUGGGUUCAUCUGGUAUGCAUCACAACCUACACGGCACGGCAGCAAAAAUGAGAUGCUUCAUGCCUUUUCUCUCUCUUUUUUAGCCGGUGGUG